AUGCAGGCACAAUAUCCUAAGAAAUACUCAACAAUAAAUUGGGAUCCCUUGAAUUUAGAGUACCCAGUCAGAAAGUUCCCUGAUACCGGUUGUUCUAGUGAGACCAUAGGACAUGGGUGGAAAAGACCUCCUGAAAUAUUAAAAAGCUUGAAAGACCCGCUUACCGCAAUAAAGGAAUAUUUCCGGGAUUACAAUGUAACCAAAGAUUUAUCACGAUCCCAAACUACAUUGGACUUCGGUUACAAACAAUCGGAGACGAAGAGACACAACAAGCAUAAUUCUUGCACCGAAAACCACUAUAUUUAUCCACCAUUGAGAAAGCUUGCAGACAGACCUCCACAAUGUACAGCUCAUGGAACCACUGAAAUGAAAAGUGCCUACACUGUACCAACCACACCAGCAAGAUUGGUCACAGAUAAGGAUCAGUACAAACAUCCAGCAAGCUUGCCUCAUGAUCCACCUGCGAUAGAGCCACGUUUCCAUAAGGAGCUAGAACCCAUAGACACAACACACGAAGGAUUUGAAAAGUUACUGGACCCUUACUUAACUACGAGUCGGCUUCAUCACCGUCCCUACACAGCCGAUCAGCUCGCUAGACCUUCGGUGACUAAUGACGUGGUCACUUAUUAUACUUACGCUGAUGUUCCCAGGAUUAGAAGACCAAAGCCGAAAAUUGAAGAAUGGCGUAUACCUCACAGCAUCUCAAAACCAGUGUACGAUAGAGAAAAGUUCCAACACGGUUUCAGAGAAAUAAGGACUCAUAAGAAACUCAAAUGUGUUCCACA